AUGGCCUUUUUAAUUCGAGAAACUUCAUUUGGGCUUCAUAGACCGGGGUUUGUCUUUUUGCGUUGGUUCAGCGCAAACGUUCAUCAACGUACAGAUACGACAAGAGUAGCAAAAGGCGCAAAGAUAAAAACUGGUGGGAAUUCAGCAUCGAGUCUUUCAUCAACCAUAUCAAAUCGAAAGAAAUUCCGAGCAACAAGUUUCCCGACAUCAUUACUUUCACAAAUUGAGGCCUUUGGGCUCGCCAAGCCACUUACGGUCUCUGGCAAGUAUGGGACCAAAGUGGCGAUAAAUCGCAAGACAAAGGUUCUAGAAAACUUAAAAAAGAUUGAUAUUGAUCGGGAAAGGCUUGAGUUACCACACUUUUAUUUUUUCGCAGGAGCAAAGACACCAAAUUCGUUCCCUGUACCAGAUUUACCAGAGCUGGCUUUUGUUGGUCGAUCGAACGUAGGAAAAUCUUCCUUGAUUAAUGCAUUAGGCGAUAGUCGCAGUGCGCGUACGUCGACCAAACCAGGAUUCACGCAGCAGAUUAACUUCUACGCCGUUGGAUCAUUAUUUAACAUGGUAGAUAUGCCCGGUUACGGAUUCGCCUAUGUUAAAGAAGAGGAGAAAGUCAAGUGGAAAGAAUUGAUAGAGUCCUAUAUAUCUCAGAGGGAACUACUGCUAAGAAUUUACGUGCUUUUGGAUGCGAGACAUGGUCUGAGUGUUUCUCUUUGCAAUAAUUUGGUUAUUUUGGAACGACAUCAAGUUGCCUUUCAAAUAGUCCUUACCAAGUGUGAUCUUGUAACUGCAGUCGAUCUUGCACGCAGACAUGUACUUGUUGAGAAGGGGCUUGCGGAAUUCCGCCAUGCUGUGGACAAGCCGUUAAUGGUCUCGUCCGAAACAAGCGCAGGCAUCUUCAUGAUGAGAAAGGAGAUGCUGCGACUGGCAGGUGGAUUGGAUCGCGCUCGUAAGUUUGCAAGGAGAAAUAAAGUAUCUACAGAAGACGCUGUUGGGACGAUGGAUAGUCUACGAGGAAAAAAAACGGAAGAAGAAUGCACUGGCCAGAAUAAACGUAAAAAUACGAAUAAAGUGCGUCGUUAA